GGAGGAGACCCAUCGGUGCGGAUGUGCCGGCUCGGCCGUUCUUGUUGUGGCUGCAGGACGCAGGAUCGAGUGAGAUGAGCCGGGCCGCCCGACACUACCCAAGGAGACCCUCGAUCGUCGACUACGUCAGGUGGCAACAACGAUGAAUCCGGAGAAUGAAGAGCAAAAGGCCGUACCACAGACGCUCUGCGGUGCACUCCAGAAGGAAGCCAACUGCAAGUGCCUGGUCCUUUCGGUGCUGAUCUACGGCUGUCUCGCCGCCGUCACUUGGUGCAGGUGUGCCAACGUCACCAAGAUAGUCAUCAAUUUUUCAACUUUUCCAAUCAAGAGCACAAAGUACGUCUCGCCCUGCGACGAUGGCUACAUUUACAUUCCCGUGGCGUUCAUGGGAAUGCUGUACCUGGUUUACCUGGUCGAGUGCUAUCAUUCGCCGAUCAGGAUCGAUCUGCGCCACGCCGAGGACCAAAGUAACGCCCUGGCCAAGCUGACCCAGCUCAAGUUGGCCCAGCCGACGAUCUGGUGGAAGGCCAUCUCUUACCACUACGUGCGCCGCAAGCGACAGGUCAUGCGAUACCGAAACGGCGACAACUUCACCACCACUCAGGUGUACUACGAGCGCGUCAACUCUAACGCGGCCACCUCCUUUUACUUCUACGACUAUUGCGGCUCGAAGGACAUAAGCAAGGACCUCCUGCUGGACCCAAAGAUCCCGAUAACCAAGAUCAACCUGUCGAAGGGCUUUGCCUUCUCGAACGUGAGGUCCGCCACGGAGUUCGAGGAGGCCAGGUCGCGUUUUUUCGCCGAACAGGAGUUCCGAGACGAUUACAUGGAGAUGCGCGAGGGUCUAGAUUUGGGGUGCAGCAACUUCGGGCCGAUGACCCUGGUGGCCGUGCUCGGCAAUCCCUGGUUCACGCGGUCGUACGUCUACUGGUGCCUGAGCGCCCUCCUGCUCAGCUGGCCCCUCAGGAUCAUCAUCGAGUGCAAGACCCAGUACGUCGAUUACCAGAUAACGAAGCUGUUCGGCGUGAGCUACGACACCCCGACCAACAUCCAGAUCCACACGUCGGCCAGCCAACUGAGCGCCCCGGGCUCGUACAUGCUGGCCCCGAGCUACAGCGAGGCCCUCCUCAUGGAACCCGCGGCCAACCAUCACCAAGCCUCCUCCACCACCACCGAGCCCUCCAACAUGGUGCCGAGCUACUCGGAGGCCCUGCUCUACGAGCGAGCCUCGGCCGAGCACCAGCCGACCUCCUCUGCACCGCCCCACCACCGGACCGGCUCCGUCUGCGACUGUCCCUGCCACGGCCUCGCCGACACCAUCCAGGCCCCAACCAACGGCUCGAGCAGACCGGGUGGUGGUGGUGGUGGUCCGAGCAUUCGGCAGGACGCGCGUAUCUGCGACAACUGUUUGAGCACCGACGCCGCCUCGGAGCGUAGGAGCCGGGGCUUGGCGAGCGAGCCCGGGGAGCUCAGGCAGCCGAGAGCGCCGAUCCUGGAGAGGCGCAGCAGGUCCAUCGUCCGGGACUACUCGGAGCCGGACCUUCGCAGGAGCACCGAGAUGCUGAACGAGGUGGCCCUGGCCUUUUUGCGAGCCAACCGCCGGAGCCUGGAGAACAUCCUCGAGAACGAGGAGGCCACGGAGUGCCCCCCGUGCCCCAGCCGUACCGGGGCCAUUCCAAAGCGGGCGCCCCUCCAGCAGCCCGAGACCCCGAUCAGCUUGACGAGUGGCAGUAGUUGCAGCAUAGCAAGCGUCACGGUCAACCCGAUGGCCGAGGAGCCCGUGGUCAAGCGGCAUCAGCUCACAGGCUCGCGGAGCGCCUACUUUUGCCUAAAGUCGAUACUCAAGCAGAACAGGAGGCGCUUCACCCUCGUCACGCCCGAGGAGCUACAAAGCCUAGCCGGGACCGCUGAUUAUUACGGCACAGAAGCUGCUGGUGGUGGAGGGACGGAGGAUGAGUGUCGUUGCGAUGGGUGCAGGACGGAGAGCGCCAGGCCGACGAGUCUCAGGAUAAACGAGCACCACAGGCGGAUGAGCUGCCAGUCCCUCGGCCACAGGAGGGACAAUUCCAGGACCCUAAUAUUCGCGAGCCCGAUUCAAGAGAUCUGCCCCCUGGACCCUUUCGGUGGCCGGCACCGCGUGUCCUCCACCGAGAACCCCCCAAGGUACGAGGAGGCCGUGACCUUGCCCGCACUGUCCCGAAUACGGCGCUCGUUCGCCGAUCGCGGCGACGCGUCCACCUCGACGGACGCUAAUGGCACCACGACCUCGACAACGGCCCCCAAAGUCGACGGGUCGUCGCGCCGGACCAACAGCAACGAGUCCCAACUGGCGUCGUCCAGCAGUUCGGACGACGCGAGGACCGGCCCGUUGGGCAGGUGCGUCGAGACGGCGAUCUCCAUACCCUCGUACGACGGUGUAACCAUGCCGCCCGACUCGCGCGGCACACCCGGUCGGUCCAGUACGGCCGAUGAGCGCAGCCGUGCAGGCGACGACGCGGUCGCUGGAUGCAGUGGCGACGUUGGGGUGAGAAAUUUGGUCUGA